GCACCUCGCAGGGCGGAGAGUACUUCCCUGUCAAGAUGGCUGCUCCCCUGACACUGCUGCUGCUGGUGGCCGUUACGGUCCGAGCUGCUCUGUACCGGUCCGGUUUAACGGAGCUCAUCUCGGAGAGAGUGGAGGUGGUGUCUCCGCUGACCGCCUGGAAGAGAGUUGUUGAAGGUUUGGCUCUACUUGACUUGGGAGUCUCGCCCUACUCUGGAGAUGUUUUCCAUGAGACUCCUCUUGUCAUUUACAUCUUUCACUUUCUGGUGGACUAUGCAGAGAUAACAUUUAUGUUGGCAGAUGUGAUCACUGCUGUGGCCCUCUACCUGACCGUGAAGGACUACAACAAACAAGUGUUCAGGAAGCAGAAAUACACCCUGGAGGCCGACCGCUACCCCCUUGACUGUCUGGAGCUCAUCAGGAGCCCCAAAGAGAUGUACUACAUCCCUCUGAAAGUAGCCCUGUUUUACCUGUUGAACCCGUUCACCAUCCUGUCCUGUGUCGCCAAGUCAACCUGCGGCCUGAACAACGCUGUCAUCUCCCUCUUCAUCCUCGCCACAAUAAAAGGAAAUGUUUUGCUGAGUGCCAUAUUUCUGUCUUUGGCCACAUAUCAGUCCAUCUACCCUCUGACUCUGUGUGCUCCAGCGCUGCUCUAUUUAAUGCAGCGUCAGUACAUCCCAGUGAACUUCCAGCGGUUCAGCUUCUGGUGGUUUGUCGCUCAGUACACCUUCAUGUACCUCGGCAGCCUGUUCGUCAUCGUUUGUCUCUCCUUUUUCCUGCUGGGCUCAUGGGACUACCUGCCGUCUGUCUACGGCUUCAUUCUCUCAGUUCCCGACCUGACCCCCAACAUCGGACUCUUCUGGUAUUUCUUCGCUGAGAUGUUUGAACAUUUCCGCCUCUUCUUCCUUUGCGUCUUCCAGAUCAACGUCUUCUUCUACACCAUCCCUCUGUCCAUCAAACUCAAGGAGCAACCUGUGUUUCUGAUCUUUAUGCAGCUGGCUGUGAUCUCCAUCUUUAAGUCUUACCCAACUGUGGGAGACAUCGCUCUUUAUAUGGCCUUCCUUCCUGUCUGGAGUCACCUCCACAGAUUUUUGAGGAACAUCUUCCUGGUUUCCUGCGUCCUGCUCACCUGUUCCGCUCUGUUCCCGGUUCUCUGGCACCUCUGGAUCUAUGCUGGCAGCGCCAACUCCAAUUUCUACUACGCCAUCACGCUGCUGUUCAAUGUGGCACAGAUUCUUCUGGUGUCUGAUUAUUUCUAUGCCUUCUUGAGGAGGGAACAUCAUCUCAGCUAUGGGCUGUAUCUGAAGAGGAAAGACGGCUCUGAGGCCACGCUAGUUCUUAAAUAAAACACACACACACUCAUGCUCAUUCUCACGUCACCACCAGGCUGGUUGCCUCUACCAGAAAACUGCUCACUGACGUCUCAGUUCUCCUCAAAGGGAACAAACACAAACUGAGGAGAAUAAAAGACUUUCAGAUCCAGGCUAGUCCAGCACAGUAACACACACACACACACACACACUCUCUCUCUUACACACACACACACACACACACACACACACACACACACAAAGUCUGUGUCUGGUACAACGUCGUCUGCAGAGAAGUCACAGCGCACAGACCUGUGCUCAGACCGGAUGUAGAACUCUUCCUCCUGCCAUGUUAGACAAACAAAGAAACAAACAACAACUAAACUGCUUCUUUUCACUUUCUCCCCUGGAGUGCUCUUAUUUUGAAGCCUACCUGGAACCUGCCUGCAAGGUUGGCUUUUUUUAAAGCCUUCUUGCUCCUUACAGCCACUCCUACAACAACUUUAUUUUGAAGCUAUGUUUAUCCUGCAGCUCUCUUCUGGAACGCUUUUAUUCUGAAGCACUGACACUCAGUCUGAUCUACUGGGGCUUUUAUUUUGAAGCCGCUUCAAGUACCAACAAAAUCCUAAAAAUUCAUGAUAUCCAGCUUUCCCACACACAUUUUAUUUGUGUGUUUUUUUGUUUACCUGAUUACAUUUGUGUUUAACUGGUUUCCUUUGUGGUGGGAAAACUGUUUUUCAGGGUUCUUCUUUUCUCAUCCCUUUCUUACUGUAACUCCUUUAUGUGCAGUCUGCUCUUUAAAGAUCAAAUUCCAGAUAAUCAGUAUUGCAUCUCAUCUCAAGAGAAAACUAACCAACCUUGGAACCUCACUGAAAAAACCCCAUAUAUAUUUAAAAAAAAAAGGCAGACAAAGCUAAUCUGACAGUGAAUGUGUUAUAAGAGCUGAAGUUCACCACGUUAAAGAGCCUCUGUAGUGUCUUAUAUUUGUUUAUCAUUUGAAUCUCCAUAACUUUUAACAAAGGACACAAUUUCAGUCAGUAAAAAAAUCAUGUAGCACCAAGUUUGUUUGCUUUCUUGCUGAAAGUUAAAGGAGAACAUCGGCAUCACUUUCAUGCAUGUGCAAAAAAUAUGAAGCUACUGUCAGUAGCUGGUUAGCUUAGCUUAGCGUGAAGACUGGAAACUAAUGGAAACUGCUAGCCUGGCUCCGUCCAAAUGUUGCAUUGUUUAUUGUAUUUCAAGAAAAAUGUUGAAAAUUUGAAAAGUCUCAUAAAUUAAACAUUUAAUGUUAAUACAUUUUUAAAGGAUUCUGCAGUUUGAUAUAGAAACAUUUAGAUUUGUGUGAAACCACAAAAACAUGAUCUUAACUGUUGAGGAAUUUUAGAAGUUCUAGAUGGAGCCAGGCUAACAGUUUCCCCUUGUUUCCAGUCUUUAUGCUAAGCUAAGAUAACAGACUGCUGACUCCAGCCAUAUAUUUAAUGUACAGUCAUGAGAAAGCAAAUUAACGUAUAUUCCAAAUUUGAUCUCUAAAUGUAGGACUUUAAAAUGCCAUGAAUGUUAUUUCUCAAGUAGGAAACUCACAUUUACCAUUCUGUCCGGUGCCUUGUGUCUGAAAGUCAUACUACACACCAACUCUAUACAGCUCGGCCUACAUUUUCAUCAAGAUUACUGUUUUUCCUGUUAGUACACGAAAAUAUCAAAUAUCAACAACAAAAGUCUCACUGUCAGUUAAAUGAAGCAUCAGAAAGAAAAAUGUGUAUGUUUCUUUUAAGAUUGAAUAUUUUUGUUUUGUUCUAGCUCGAUUUAAUUUUUGCAUUGCAUUUUGGGAGAACAUGUUAAUCAAACAGCUCAAAAAUGAACCAAUGCUGACUUCUGGAUUCUACUUAAUUUUGUUAAAAUACUGUUUUAAAUUAGUGUAUAGUAUGAAAUCAAGACCAUCGCUCAUUUUUUCCAUCUUUUCCUCUAUUUGAUAAAGCUUCUCCUCCAUCUGGAAACCAGAAAACAAAGUGUAAUCAAAAAUUUCAUGACUACAAUAUAUUUCUGCCUUUACUCGAAGCUUAAACUACUGAUAAAAAUGUUAAGGAUUUAAUUCAAACCCUUAAGAUAAGCUUCAGAAAUGUUAAUGAGAAGAUUUUUUAAAAAUGUUUUACUUUGAAUUCCACAAAUGAAUGUUUUUGUUUCAUAAUUAUGAGAACAAUGAUAGAAGUAACAACAAAUCUCACAAGAAAAAUCUGUAUUAACUUUUUAAUACGAGCAAAAACAUUUAUUACUGUAUACUGGUUCAUGAGAAAAUUACAAAUAUUAACUGUGAAACUCAAACACAGUCUGUACGGUUGCUUGUAUGUUUUUAAACACACUCAUCUGUCUAAGCAGAACGUCAACAUUUUGAUACCAAUGAGUGAAAAUGAAAGAAUUUGUCAUAUUUAUUUAUUUGCUGCACUAAAAAACAAAACUUUGUAGAGAUUUAAUUUUUCUUUUCCUUUUUUAUUUCAGAAGAAGGAGCUCUUCUGUAUAUAUGAAUGUUUUGUUUUGUUAUAAAUAUUAAAAUACAAGGUUUGAAAAGG